AUGGAUUCCCCUCGAUCCGCGUCGUCCAAUCCCUCUGCCGGAAGUCACCUUCGACGAGCGACGACUUCUGAAUCUAGCAGCUCUACCAGGUCUGUUCGCCGUCGAACUCGUUCUCUAAGACCCUCUGACUCGUCUUCGACGGAUUCAGAUGCGGCUCAAUUCGAAGAGAUAAAGCGUCGUCUUGCUCCCGGAUCUGCAGUCCCUAGCUCUUCUGGGCUUACUUUCAAGAUUCCUUCCUUGAUAGACGAGCCUAUGAACGAUGGCUUGUCUUCUCCUAAUUUGGACGAUGUCCCUUUGCCAACCGUGAAUCUCUUCAAUCAUAUGCCGGCGACGUCGAUAAAAAUUGAUGCGGCAGUUGACGCACUUCGUAUCGGGAAAUUAAAAGUUGAUGUGACAGUUGUUGCGGAUCGUCCCAGGAAACUGAACACGAAACCGAAGAUCUUGAUUCCGAACGCCUUUCAACGUCCCUGGGAUGCACCUUCCGGUUUUAUUUGUCUUUCAGAGAAAUACUUCACCGAGUGCGGACUCACCUUUCCUCUUCCGUCUUUUUUGAUGACGUAUUUUGCUCGUCGAAAGGCGGCUAUUUCCCAAUUUGCCCCGGCGACCUUUCGAAAUGCUGUCGGACUUUCGAUCAUGGCCGAGGCUGCAGGGGUCAAGCUCACUUGUGAUCACUUCAAAGAGUUGACGUGUCUGAAUCCGUCGAGUCGGGAGAAGGCUCCUGGGCUUUAUUACGUAGCCUCGGGAAAGAAGACGACGCUCGUCGAGGGUGCCAAGGGUAAAACGUAUAACUGGAAAGGCUCAUAUUUCUUUUUGGAAGUUGCCGCGGGGGUUAUGGAGGAUCCGUCGAUCCCUUGGUUUUCUGGGUGGAACCCUUCACCCGUUGUUAUUCCGAGGUGUUUGCUUCCAUACCCUUCUUCUUUCCGAGCUGAAAUAGACGCGAUUAAGCUCCGCUGCCCAUUCGUUUGGCCGGGAACCGAGGGUAGAAAGGAUCGUCCGCGGAAGUUAGCAUCUAGCCGAAGACCAAGGGCUGAGACUAUGGGGAAACUGAAUUUGAACGUUCCUAAUGCAUCCGCUCGCUAUCGCCAAGCUCCAGAGCCGUCGUCUCGGUCGGCUCCCCGACAGGAUGUUCGUCGAGGUUCCGAUCCCCCAGCUGCAGGAUCGUCCAAAAAGGUCCCCCCUUCCCCUCGUCGAGCUGUGGAAACCCGUCAAAGGUCUCCCCCGCCUAACCGCCAUACUGGCCCUGAAGAGACGCUCCCAAGGAGGAAGGUGGACGGGACUCCUGGUCGCAUUGCCGACCCUCCACAAAGGUCACAGAAAAGGAAAGAUGGCCCUGAACAAGAGCCAUCUGUCCCGCUAAAGAAGUCGAAGUCGGUCGACUUCAGCUGGGAUUUUGCCCAUUCAUCUGGAGCUCGUCCCUUUCCGUCUGACUCGCAGUCUUGUGCCGAGUUGUUUCGAAAGAUUCAUUACGGCGAAGGUCGUCUCUCCUCUGUUGAAAGGAUGAAAGAGUCCGAUGCUGUCACCGAAGUUGCUCAAGCGUCUUUUGAGUUUAUUGCGCGUAUUAACCGCAUGGCGACCCGCUACGAACGUCGUGUUCGAGACCUGGAACGUUCAGGGGCGUCGAAUGAGAGGAUUGAGCGCCUCGAGGCUCAAUUGGGGGAUGCAGUUCGGUCAAACCAGAGGCUUAGCGACCUUGUGGCCAAGCUCGAACAUCACCGGAGUGGGCUUAUCAAAGAACGGGAUUCUCUUUCGACGAAGCUUAAGGAGUCCGAAGCUUCCUGCAAUGGUCUGAAGCUAACCCUUAGCUCGGAGACGAGAAGGCUCAGGGAUCGGCGUNUUUUUUUUUCAGUUGUUAUUCCGAGGUGUUUGCUUCCAUACCCUUCUUCUUUCCGAGCUGAAAUAGACGCGAUUAAGCUCCGCUGCCCAUUUGUUUGGCCGGGAACCGAGGGUAGAAAGGAUCGUCCGAGGAAUGCGACUCGUGAUGGUCGGCUUACCCUUUUAGUGCGAGCUAGGACUCGGCUUAAAGUAACCGGGGGCGACCGUUAA